AGCGUGAACAUCUGUGCGUGAAGGAUCCAGAUCUGAUUAAUAAAGACCCCGCCUCUCGUCCCUCCAUCUCCCAGCGCAGAGCUGCUGUCUCCAUGUUAGUGUUCCUCAAGAAGAACAACAUGAAGACCAAAUUCAUCAAUGGAGUGUCCUCGUCCCCCUCCAUGUCCCUGGAGCUGCUGGUGACGGAGAACGCGCUGCAGGUCCAGCCCGACGCCCGGGAGGAGGACAGCAAGGACCCGGACUGCCUGGACCUGCCGGACCAGGACACCCGGACCCGGGCCCGGGAGUGGACCCGCGAGUUCCUGCACGGAGCCUGGAAGACCGUGGCCGAGGAGGACUUCCACAUCACCGUGAUAAGAGGUGGUCUGAGCAACAAGCUCUUCCUGUGCAGCCUCCCCGACGGCCUGGACUCUGUCGGGGACGAGCCGCGGUGCGUCCUGCUGCGCCUCUAUGGGGCCAUCCUGCAGAUGUCCUGUAACAAAGGAGAUUCCCGACAGUCCAGCAAAGAAAACCUGUUCCAGGGCGCCGAGGCCAUGGUGCUGGAGAGCGUGAUGUUCGCGAUCUUGGCCGAGAGGCAGCUCGGCCCGAAGCUCUACGGGAUUUUCCCUCAGGGCCGACUGGAGCAGUACGUCCCUAGUCGUAAACUGGACACGUGUGAGCUGAGCGACCCCAGCAUCUCGGCCGAGGUGGCGGUGAAGAUGGCCCGGUUCCACGGGAUGAUGAUGCCCUUCAACAAGGAACCCAAGUGGCUGUUUGGAACCAUGGACAAGUACCUGAACCAAGUCAUGAGGCUGAGCUUCACCAGAGAGUCGCAUCUGCGUCGCUUCAACCGCCUGCUCAGCCACAACCUGCCACGGGAAAUGGAUCUGCUCAAGUCUCUGCUGGACUCCACCCACUCUCCGGUGGUGUUCUGCCACAACGACUGUCAGGAAGGGAACAUCCUGCUGCUGAACAACCACGAGAACUCGAACCAACAGAAGCUGAUGCUCAUCGACUUUGAGUACAGCAGCUACAACUACAGGGGAUUUGACUUCGGGAACCAUUUCUGUGAGUGGAUGUACGACUACACCUGUGAGGAGUUUCCUUACUUCAAAGUGGACCCUCAGGCCUACCCCUCCAAGUCCCAGCAGCUGCACUUCAUCGACAACUACCUGCGUGAGUCCGACGGCGGCUUCGAGCAGCUGAGCGAAGACGAGCAGACGAAGCUGAAGGAGGAGAUGUACGUGGAGGUCAACAGGUUCUCCCUGGCAUCCCACUUCUUCUGGGGCUUGUGGUCCAUCAUCCAGGCCCGACUCUCCACCAUCAAGUUCGGAUACCUGGAAUACGCCGAGGCCAGAUUUGACGCCUACUUCCAGCAGAAGAAGCUCUGGGCCGUCUAACGAGCUGAUGGGAUGUACUUCCACUUGACUCCAUCAUCCACACUUUACUCUCACUCCCUGCCUCGGGGGGGAUCCGCUGGCCAGUGCCGGAGUCGUGCUCACCGAAGCCAAAACCCUGAUCGCGUGGCUCGGAUACUUAAAGUACGACGACCACAUAAGAGCCCCAAAAAAAAUAGAAAAAUCCUGACUUGUACUAACGUUCCUCGCUGGUCGGAGCUGCUCUCGGUUUCCGCCUGGUUCCAAACAUAUCUCUGGUUCCUCACUAACACAGUGAGGAACCAGGUGGAUCCAGGUUCCACCGGCCCUGCCUGUUACUGAGACCCCCAGCCGACUGCUGGUCGGGGGGGAUCUCUUCUCUCUCCACAGGUCAGACCGAGGUCUUCACUUCCAUCAUCGCGCACUUCACAGCUUGUUUGAUUUUCUUCUUGUUUAAAACGGUUGUUUUUUCGGGGGGAUUUUCUUCGGGCAGAUUCCGUGACGUCGUGCAUCAAAGUUUCCUGAGCUGCUGCUCAAACUCCAAAACUCCAACCAAAUCAAAGACGUCAAACUUCAGCUGUUCCCGUUUCUAUUAGAUCUGAUUCUGUGUGGCUUCUUCACUAGAUCUGUUACACUGAUCGACUGUGACUCUCCUCGGCCUGUUGUGUAUUUGUACUCACGGGGGAUCGUAUUAUAAUGGAUCGCUGUGACAGGUCGAUCCACAUCUGUGAAUAUCUCACGUCGGGUUUUACUACAUGUUCAGCCAAUCGGCGACAGGACAUUCCGGUCAGCCGCGCUUUAUGAGCCGAGGGAAAUGUUGGUUUGAUGUCUGAGACGCUAGCGAGCUAACUGACAUUCCUGCUUUUUUUUUUUUUUUUUUACUUUUAUAAACUGUUUCUGCAUUGAAGAAAACUUCACACAGUUCGCAUGACAGUGGUUCCUUAUUGUGGUUUCUAUGGUGAUGCCGGAGGAAACGCUUACAUGACAACUCGUCUCUAUUAUCGUUCCCAAAAACGUCAUUUUUACGACACAGUUGAAUUUUGCUUCAUUUACUUGUUAAAGUAAGUUGUAGCUCGACUCUGUUAGAAGCAGCAUUUGUAGUAGAAUGUGACUUUGACGGAUGGAUCAGUGGCUUUCGGAGCUCGGUGCUACAGAGAGAAGCGAGUGGUGUCUCUCAGCUCGUCGAACCCAAACGGUUUGACAAUGGGAGACGUGACAGUGAAAACUAUUUCGUCCUGCUGCUUCUCGUCCAAACAUCCUGAGAGCGGCUCAUCCUACCUCACCCCAUCGGCACGUCCCACAUUCUGUGAAUUUAUCAGCAUUCCUCUUUUCACAGGGACCACGAUUUAGCCUCCGGGCUCGUCCCUACAGUAGCAGCGCCCCCUGUUGGACUUGAUAAGAAAUGCGUUGAAUGACUAAAAAGUUUUUCCCUGGUAGAAAUCUGUUUUUCUUCACGUUUCCCAACUUGUUACCCAAUGACGAACCAUCACCAUAGAGCUGUGUCUGAAAACUGCUCCUUGUUUACGAUAGAGUGCUGCACACUACUUUUACGCUAGCAAUCCCACAAUGCAAUUCUCUGCAUUUCACAGAUGCUGUAGUUACUGCUGUUCAUCUCUACAGCUGUAAGUAAAAACUCAAAACAACAGCAAGACACAAGAAAGUCCUACGGGAACAAUUUGACGAAACCCAACUGUCGAAAUCUUAAACUGUUGAUAAACAGAACUAUAGGAAUCAGUGAAUAAAGGACGGAGGGAGUGAUUUCCAACACGGCUCCUCCUUCCGUCUUAUUUACCGAAGCCUGUCGAGCUUUCGAGCAGCACAUGUUUAGCACUUUAAAAUGAAAAAAUCUGCCCAAAUACGAUCCUUAAAAUUCUAAAUAUUUUUCUAAAAUAGUCGGCCCUUGAUUUUAAUGACAAUGAUGGAUGAAGGCGCGCUUGAUUCUUCCACCGGUGACGACACAUAUCACCGGCUGCCUCCGGCCUGAUUUGUUAAAGCUCUAAUGCAAGAAUCCUGCACGAAGAGCUUUAAAUAUGCACUUGUUUGCAACGUACAUGAUAUAAAGCAAAAAAAAGAAAUUAUAAAAAAGAAUGGAAACGUGCCUCACACCUUCCAGAACGUUGCUAACUUUGUAGAUUUGGUUUUAAAAAGACAAAACCAACAAAGAUUCCCAAACUUCUCUAAAUCUCAAGUCUUGCUGUUACCAGAACCACGUGAAUAACGAGCCGGACCCGAAGUUUCAGCGGCGACGCCUCGUUACGGUUGCGAAGCUACGAUUGGACAAUCGUAGUAUCGGGGGGGGGGUUUAGCGAAAGGCGACCCAGAGUCGUAAUCGUCAAAACCGAGAAUAUUUGCCAAAUACCUGCUCAAAUGAUAUUCAAAUGUUGUAGGAGGAUUAUUGGAGAAUGAUGCAUUUGAGAAAGUUGUGCUGCUACACGUGAGAAGUGUUGUGGUGCCACAGCGGCUGCUCGUCCACCUUCAUCCCAGUGAAGCUGUAGCAGAUUCACACUGGUUUCCUGUGGGAUCCACUGGGAUUCACCUGAGGGAACUGAGCCGGGUCAUGACACUAAAAUGAUCCCUUCACCAAUCAUCUACUGGAAAAACCCGGAAUGUUUGAAUGUCUACUGUGGCACUUUCAAUCUGAGGACGACAAAAUGUUCACAAACAUAUAUAUAAAUAUGUAUAAACUAAUAUGUACUUGAGUAUUUCCAUGUUUAAACAUCUGGGGGUUGUUGAACUGUGACUUUUGAGCUGAUGAGAUGUUAUUUUACAUACAAAUGUGUUUUAUUGUAUAUUCAUCUUUAUAUUUCUUUUGGAAUGUGGUUAAUGUAUAUUUUCAUGGUUAUGUUCUCUGACACAACUGUUCAAAUUGUUGUUUGUCCGUCUCUUAUGAAGCAAUAGUCUUUACUUCAGAACAUUCAGUGGCUGUUUCUUCACUAAACCUGAAUUUGUAUUUUUCUUAUUCAGAAGUUUAUUUUUGAAAUGUUUGCAAGUAUUUGCCCUGAACCAUUCCCAUCUGAAUAUUGAUCACCAGGAUUUGCAGUUUUAGUACCUUCCAUUAUUCGUGUGCACUUAGGACCAAAUAACUAAAAUGCUAAUCUAAUUGCUCCUGAUAAAUUUAUUUAGUAAACACAUUCAAAUCUGUGUAAACUUGAAUUAAGUUUUCGCCAAGUAUAAAAUUACGGUAAAAUAUGAACCAAACCAACUUGCACCAUAUCAGUCUGGAGAAUGUACUUUGUUCUAAUUGUUUUUUUUUUCUUAAAACACAUGUGUUCUGUGUUAGUAGCCUUAACUGCAUCGUCACGUGACUCACAGUGAAAACCUUUGUGAUCUAUGCAGCUUCACCGAAUGCAUAAUGUAUAAAAACAUGUUUUUAAUUGAAUGUGUUUCAGGUUAAUCACAUAGAAAUGAUCUUGGCUGUAAAUCUACCUGCUUUGCACAAAUAAAAACUGAAGAGGAAAGAAAA